AUGGGGUCUAAGCUACGUGUAAUCCAGAAAACGAGGACAAGGACACCUAGAUCAUGCUUUGCAUGUCGAAAGAAGAAGCGGAAAUGUGAUAGGGGGACCCCUUGUAUGAAUUGUGUCAAGAGCAAGACCGUCGAUCUAUGCGUCUACGAGCAAUUUGAAGAGCCAACUAUAAGUACAAAGAAUGCUCAAACAGCCCUCUUGACGGAGGAGUUAAAGGCCAGUCAAGAAAGAAUCAAGUACUUGGAGACUUUGGUUCUGCUCAAAUUUAAUGAUCCCUCCUUGAUCGCUUUUGAUAAGCUGCCGCGCGAAGAUGAAGAUGGAGUGGAUUUGAAGCUAACUCUGAAGUAUGAUACCAUGUUGAUAGACCAUGGGAGACUUGUUCGUACCGGUCCAACGUCUAUGAAGGCUAAUAUUGUCAAUGACUCGUAUUGUCGUCGAUUUAUCUCUGAAUACUCUGGUAUACAAACUAAGGGUCCUAGAACGUCUAUUAAAGAUGGUGAAGGCGAUGUGAGUGUAGUGGACACUGUGAAUAUCAAUAAAGAGGUAGAGCAGGCUAAAAUAUUAUUUCCCGAGCUUUCAUUUGUUUUACCAUUAAUAAAUAGGUUCUUUGAAUAUGGGCCCUCAUCGAGUGCGAUUCUUGAAAAAGAUCGGUUCCUACUGGACGUAUGGACAAUAAUAGAUACGAAUGGCAAGGAGAAGCUCAAGAUCAAAGAAAGUAAGCAUUAUGUGAUCUUGGCAGAGCUUUUGGUCGUUUUACGGAGUGCUUAUGUUACAUUUCUAAGACCAGAUCAUAUAGGAGAUGAUGAGAUCCUGAAGGAUAUUCGAAGCGGUAAACUCGAUGUUCCAAGUAAACUCAGUGAUAUUGCAGGAAGAAUACUCUCAUCUCUAGAGACUCCUGACUCUUCCACCUUGUUCAUGGUACGAGCUAACAUUCUCUAUAUUCAUUAUAGACGAUUCAGCCGCGAAGGGUACCGGGUAGAAGAAUACAUGUUGCUGAGACUAAAUUCUGUGGCACAGAUCUUAAGAUAUCAUGGAUUAACGACUGAGUGUCCUAAUGCAAAGGAUUUUUUAACUGCAUCAGAGAUAUUUUCCUGGAAACAGUUGUGGGUGAUGGUAUUGUCAAUGUAUUCGUCAUUAUGUUUUGACGCUGGUGUAUCAUUCCCUGUUCCCGAAGAGGAGCUUAAUAUUUUGGUUAAUCUUGGCGGUGAAAAAUCCAUCAUAAAAGAGAUCCCGUCAAUGCGAGUGCUAGCUAUGAAGAUUUGCUGGGUGAAAAUAUUGAGCUCAAUCAUCAGAGACUCUCAUAAACCUGAAGGAAUCUCCAGAGAAAAUAUAUUUAGCUUCAUCAAUGACAGUAAUAGCUUAUUGGUAAGUAUGAAUUCAAUUGAGCAAUUGCUCAAUGACCCAAGUAAUGUCAAAGAAAGAUUAGAAGAGUUUAGACUUCGAAUCGAUUUAAUGGUGAAACUUUUCUCCACUCAUUUUAAAUUUUCUUCGAUUCUCAUUGAAGAUAAAGACCGCUCUUUAAGGACGAAGCAAUAUAUGCAAGCUUUUGCGUAUGGAUUGACAAUCUUUAGGCUAGCGUCGGACCUAAUGACCAACACUCAUCAAUCUGACUUGUGGAGUAUAAUAUCUUCCUCGAUUUAUAAUGCAUUGGUAAAAGUUUCUGUACUCGUUUCCUCAUUGUACACUAGGAUAUAUGAAGGGGUAAUUACUGGUGUUGAAUUCGUUACAUUUCUCCAAAGUUCUCAAUUCAAUCCCUUAGUGGAAUGGCUUGGUUUGUCCCAACAGAAACUACUGGAACCACAAGUGAUUGCCUCAUUGAAUGAGAAGUUCUGGAAUGUGUACGAUAAUUUGAAGACAAAUCCCGAGGCAGAUUUCUUUAAGAGUAAGUCUUAUCAUAUCAUCAAAACCUAUCUCAUUCCCUACUUCAACCAAAGAUUUGACUUUCCCAUUUUCCGCCAAGAUGAGCAGAAGGGCGCCGAUCUCUCACUUAAUGAACCAGAUAUCGAUUUUGCAUUCCUUUGGGAUGACUACUUUGAUAUUAACUUUGGAUCCCAUGCCUCCUAUUAA